CUUGACUGCCUCUUCUACCUUGUUAAUGCAGCCGUGAAGAGGCGCCGAGAUCUCGCCGCGGAUCAAACGUGUCGCGUCGAGGUGAUCCUGGGAGGCCGGCCUUCCUCGAGAGACCGAUCCUGGAAAAUCGAAACGGCUGCUGCUCCUCGAAACUGUCAGGCCACGCGACUGCACGCGCAAUGAUCUCGCGUGUGUGGAGCUUGCUCGCGGCUUCUUCCACGAAUGAGCAUUGAACUCGAAUCUAUUUGUGAAACCGACGAUCCUUGGUAAUUUCGAGCGGCUUGCGAAAUCGAUCUUCUCACAGUUUUCCGUUGUUCGACGCAUUAUAUUCGAGCGUCCUUGGAAUCUUGAAACGUUUCAUGGCUCGGUGUUCAGGGACCGUAUAAAUUUCAUCGUUGCUUGCACGAUACUCGGAAAUAUUUGAUUGGUCGGGCCCGAUAAUGCGUUGCUGUUUCUCGUAUUUCGAAUGAGAAAUCGUCUCUCCGACUAUGACGAAGUGUCCUUAGGGGUCAACGAAACGUUUCACGGUUCAGUGUUCGACGUCCUCCGGCUUGAGAAUCGACAUGGAGGAACCGGAAGAGACCGAGGAGAGUACCAACUCUUCUUCGAGCACGCCGUCAGCAUCCUCGGCCGCCGGCAAGAGACACUGCAUGGAAAUGCGCGCUGAGAAGCCGGGCUAUCUUCGUCAGAAAGAGAAAAUUAUCUAUCCGCGGAACACGAGGGCGCUGGUCAAGACGGCGGUAAUCGGCGGGAAACCGAUCGAGGAGGAAAUCUGCAUGGGCUUGAGGGCGGUGGUUUAUGGGAGUUCUGCCAGUCCACCGAAGCCAGAAUGGGCAAGAACGGGAUUGACCCUGCGACCUUAUGGACAAAGCCUGGCAUUCGGGUUACGCGCGACGAGGAAUACAACGAGGGGACUCGUCACGGCAGUGCAGGCAAUCAUGCUCAAGCAUUUCCUCUUCAGAUGCAACAGACAGGACGUCCGCGCGAAUCCAGAAAGCUUACUGAAACCUUCCUACGACCGACAAAUCGAUGUAUUAACCUCGUCGAUAGCCGAGAUCAUUUGGCGGUGCGCCGGCGGUUUCGUCGCAACGAGCUCCGGUUCCUCGGCGAAUCAAAAUAUCAGCGGAAACGCGAACGUUCCGAGAGCUAUCGUUGUCCUGCCCCAAGAAACAGCCUACUUGCAACAUAGCGUGCAAUAUUUCCAAGAUGGACUGACGGAAACACUUCAUUUGUUCGAAUUCGAGUCUCUCGACGAUCUCGAGAUAUUCAUCAAGAGAUACUUGUAUCUGUUCCAAGACGAGGGUGGUCCCGGUGCCAAGUUGCUCUUGUACAGUGCCGUUCUUUCCAGAGGUCUCUCUAAAGUACGAGCUGACCUCGAGGACCCAAAAGCGUCGAUAUUGAGCGGCUGUCCGGAAGAAGGUCCCAUCAGCGUGGUGAUCCUGCUGUUAACCGGUCGUGCAUCGCCUCACCUCCACAAUGGGGUGAUGCACGUGGGGGAUGAAAACACAUACGCCGUGCCGCAAUGGGGCGUUCUGGUGAGAAGCGAAAUAGGGUUUCUGGUUCACGAGGGAGACGCGCAGAUCAGCAAGCAGCCGGGUUCCAGGUUGAAAACGCCCAGUCUGCCCAUCUGGGUCACUCUUUGUCAUGGUCACCAUGGUGUUCUUUUCAACACGAAUCGGGAACUGCUCCGCAAUUACCAUGCUGAACGCAGGUUCGAGGUUCAAUACUUCACGUGCGGCGGCAGUCAUGCUACCUUGACCGUGGACACCAGAUCAAAUUCUGAAAAUGAUUCCGAAUUCGAUGGGCCGAGCAAAGAGCUAACGGACAUGGCUGCGACACCUUUGGAAAAAUUGAUUCGCUCCAAAUGGCAAGACGCUUGCAUACAAUGGAACGGAGCUCCCCUAAUGUAAACGGCAACACUUUCACCCGUAUCUCUCUAUGACUUCACCGAUUUUAAUUAUCCACGUGUCUUCUCCGUGUUCUGUUGUUCGAUCGCUGCAGCCCCGCUAGUGACUUCAUAAAAAAGUUUCUUCGGAAAUAAGGGAAUAUAUGUAUUUUCGUUGUUACCUCGAUCCGAAUCGGUGACGGGAGAAUCGAUACCGUUUGAUGAAUUCGACAAACACCUGCCGACACGCGAUCGCGUGAAUCGCAACGCUUUCGAACUGCAUGGAACUAACGAUUCAACAAAUAAUUGCACAUAGAUCAUUCUUCGCGCGAUAAAUAAUUGGCGAAUUUCGUUUCGGUCCGAAGGUCCGUGGCGCCUUCGAAUUCGUCUCGAACACCAAAUAUUUUCGUACGAUUCUAAAUUAAUAUCCCGAAAGUAUUGGGUUGGCAACUAAGUAAUUGCCGAUUUCAGUUAUAGAUGUCUCUC